AUGCCGAAUAUCGGUGGCAAAAAUGAUAAAAACACAAAAAAGAAAAACCCCUCUGUCUCAAAGUCAACACAAGCUCUGCCUCCGUCAAUGUCGGAAUCCAAGAGCCCAACAGGAGUGAAUAAUGACAACACCAGGAAAAAGAAAAACAAGAAAAAACCGACAGCAACAACAGAAUCGAAUUUCAACUCGUCAAUUGAACCAACAGCAACAUCUGCUUCAGGAAGAUUUGUGAAGAAUACGAAUGCGAACAAAACGAUGACAUCAAAGAUAGAGAGCCCUCCCAGCAACACAGAACAUCAGCUGUCAGCAUCUGCAAAGCAGAAAAUGGGACUCACUGGAAACGAAACAUUGGGAGAGCUCGUCGCCACUCUUCAAAGACAUUUCAUAAAUCCAAAACCUACUAUUCCACGAAGACCUCAACCCAAAUUCACUGUAACAGCUGAGAUGAGGCAAAAAAUUGCUCUGCUGGAUACAGAACAACCGGAAUGCGUUGAGCUGUCAUCAGAUGAGGAAGGAAGAGCGACCAACACCAACUCACCGUCCACCUCCUCAAAAACGAAACCUGAAAAGUUGAAAUCCCGAGACCCGUCGUCUGAUAUAGAGGAUCCGGACCGAUAUUCUCCGUCCCAGCCUCUUGACCUUCCGGAGGUUGACGUUGUUUUGAAUGACAGUGAUGACGGAAGAGAGUCACCGGAGAGCCCAGUGUAUUCGGACGAGGAGCAGGAAGAGGAUAAGGAAGAGUCACCGGAGAGCUCAGCUCAAUUGAACGAGAGCAAGUCAUCAAUUGAACAGAAGGAGAAUAAAAAAGAGUCACUGGAGACUUCAGCACAGGAAGAAGAUAAUAAAGUGUCAGCAGUCACACUCAAAUUGUUAGCUGUUCUCCCUUCCAAUAAUGAAGGAAACGGUCACUCGCUUGAGCAUAUCAUCAAAAUUAUGGACCACGACAAAUACCAACUACUUCCACCUGAUCACCAAGCGAUAUGCAGAAUGGCUAUUGCAAAAGGAGUUGAGGGAACAUUUAUCGGUGAAGUGUUCUGCAACCGUGACCUAUUGCAAGUUGCUGCAAGGUCCAUCUUCCAAUCACUGUAUCCUGAAGAGCAUUCGGAGGAGAAGGAGAAUUUCAAGUAUUUGACUUACGCGAUGGGAAUGUCGAAGCGAGAUUUUCUUGGUGACUACAACCUAACUCUUCUGGAACAAGCAUAUGAACUUAUCAUAAAUCAUGGAGGAAAAGGAGAGGCAACAACUGAUUUGGAGGAAAUAAUAGAUUUUUAUAAGUAUUCCGGUGGAAAAUACUGGACGUAUGACAUGUAUGAAAAAGGGAUUUUCGAUAUUUACCAAAUGUUGGGAAAAGAUAACAACGCAAUUGAUGAAGUAUUCAAGAAGCACGGACAACAAUUGCCUCCGGCUGUCGAGUAUGCUUUGAAAGGCUACAAGUUGCUGGAGACUAAUGGCGGACCGCAGAUGCAGUACCAAUGCAAACCUAUCAUGGAGUUUCAAUGGACUGAGCGUGGCUAA